CGAAGUGGAAUGAAGCAGAAAAUCACUACUAAGAAACAAAUUACAUCUAUGCAAGUAAUUGAAGAGCCAAGAUCUUCAGCUUCUAGCAGUAAGUCACAACAUAAAGAAAAAGCUGUGACACAUAAAGAGAGUCAUGGAGAGAAGGUGAUGACUUCUAAGCAGUCAGAACAGAGCACUACCAGACACUACCAUGAAGUUAAUGGAGUAUCAGAAAAUGAAAAGAUGUCAAGUCUUACUGAGACCCAGAAGAAAAAUAUCAGCGUUGUGGAGAAAGAACCACUGAAAGAAGUUAAACCUUCUGUUGAUAGAGCCAAAGUGACUCGAACCUUCAGUCAGAGCCAAAAGGAUGAAAAAGAAAUAUUGUGCAGGAUCUGUGGCCAGCAUGUUUAUCUUAUGGAUAAGAUUAAAGCAGAGAAGAGUGCUUUUCACAAGUCAUGCUUUCGUUGCAAGGAGUGUGGCAAGACCUUAAAUGUGGACACAUAUUCUUCUCAUGAAGGUCAGAUCUAUUGCAAGCUCCAUUUCAAACAGCUGUUUCAACCCAAGGCUAAAUUUGAAGAAGACGCUGGCCCAAGAAAGCCAAGGAAGUUUGAAAUGAUCAUUCGUGAAAAUGUGCCAGUAGAGCUGCCACCAGAUGUUGUUCGAUGUGAUACAAAAGUUGAAGUGGAUCUCCCAUCAGUGCCAGACCUCAGUGAUAUUCGAUCUCGCUUUGAAUCUCCACAGGAAGAAAUACAUUAUGCUUCUACUGCAGACAAAUACUCUCUUCAGAGAUCAGAAAGUAUUAUGCAACGUUUAGCAAAGUAUCAGUCUGCUGUUUCUGGUCAAGAAAAUGGAGAAGUAUCAAGCUCCAGUGAAGAUGAGGAUGAUGAUUUUUCUGUUCUUAGAGAAAGCAAAAAAAAAGAAAAGGUAAAAUUUGAUGAGAUGUCUACUCUGAAGUCCCAAUGGGAGAGUGGUAAGGUUGGCAGGAAUGAAGGAAGAGGUGAAGAUAAAAAAGAGGAACUUUCCAAGCUACGACAGAAAAUAUGCCUUGGGAGAUCUGAGUCUAUGCGUGCAGUAUAUGAACGUGCCUGUAAAGAAUCCGAAGGUGGUGUGCUAUCCAGAACAGAAUCUAUUAAUUUAGGCGGAGAAGUAAAAGCUGUAAGCAUCAAAGAGAAAUUUGAAAAAGGUGACAUGGAAAAUGAAUUGGAACAUGAAAAAAUGGAAAAAGUUCGAAGGGAAAAGGAAGAAGACCUCAGUGUUUUCAAUGAAACAGGUACUGCUGCUGGUGCAAGAACACUUUUCAAACAGAUUGAUGCAACCACCUCAUCUGUGUCUUCUGCUUCGAAUAAGUUACCUUCUACCAACCGUAGGCGAACCCGAGAGACACUCUUCUCCAGUCAGUCAUCUGUUAAUGAUGCUGAUGUUGUGAAAUGUAGCGACCCUGUUUGUAAGGAUGAUAUUGAAAUUGAUGCCUCACAGUUGACACAACGAUUUAAAUUUUUUGAGAACUAUAAAAAUGAACCAAAGGAAAGAAAACGAUUUCAGAUCACCCCUCCCAGGGAAACUAAGAUAGAAGAAUCACCCGAAAGAGAAAUUAUCCGAGACCCGAAUGUUGUACGAUCGUCUGACGCUGCUGAUGAAGUAAUAGUUACAGACACAGCUAAGAAGAUGCUUGAUAAAUUCAAGCAGUUAGAGAAUCAAUCUGACAUUGAUGAUGUUCCAGCUGGUCCUAAGCCAGUCAAACGUAUCACUCCACCACGAGAGUAUACUAGAGUUGAUGAUGAACGUGAAUCUUCACCAGAGCCAGAAAGAGACCCUAACAUUAUUCGUUGCAGUUACAAAACUGAAGAUGACAUAACGUGGGAGGCUGAUAGAGCCAAGUGUCUCCGUGCCAAAUUUGAGCAAUGGCAGCAUGAAAUUGAUAAAGAAAAUGUUAGAAAUGAAGAAGAAUAUAUGCCAGAAAUAGAUACUGCAAAGAACUUGCGGGCCAAGUUUGAAGCAAUUCGGGAAGAAAGCAUUAAACCAAAAGAGAAACCAAAGCCAAGAGUGAGGAGAUUUGUUUGAGCUCACUCAAGGUUGAAGGUCGUGGAAUUUCCAGCUGUUCCAUGGAAAGAGUAGAAUCAAUACUGUGUUGAGAAGAGUAACAUUUCUUGGAUGAUGGAGAGAAA